ACCACGGUGAGGAAACCAGCCGCAUGUCAUUGCAAACGCUUGGAAACACCGGUCGCAUGAGUACGCAGCGGACGAAUAGGACGGAAAAUAAUAAUGACGGAUUUUUUGGUUUGAAAAUGAAAAAGCAGAAGAUUUUUGAGCAGGAGGAGAAAACGGCUUCGAGAGAAAUGUUCACCAGCGGAUCAGCUGCUUCCGGAGUAGAUGUUGUUGAUCAGGAACAGGGAAAAAUACAGAAGAAUUCAUUGAACAGAAUCAGCAAAAGAGAUGAGAAAAUCCUCCGACACAUCCUACUCGAGGGCCCGGAUUUUGUCGCGAGACAGCCGGAAACACCGGGUACUAAAAACAAGGCCGUCGUCGACCUCCAGGGGAAGCUGUCGACCUUUCCCACGACCUUGCAUGCGGCGGACCACGGGAUGAACAAGACGAAC